CGACUGGUUUCUUUUUUAGUUAUCAGCAUUGGAGGCCAUGAUGAAAUAAGGCCCGUGUUGGUAGAAGUUUCGACUGGUACCAUCGUUUGUCCAAAUCUCCAUCACACACGCACAGCCUCUCUCUCUACACACAGACCCUCUCUCUGCCCUGUGAAGGAAUUGCGAAGAUGGAUUUGAAGUCGUCGAAGAAAGCAAAGGGCGUAUCCCAUCAACCCCAACAUCAUCAGCAUGGCGGUCGGAAGCCUGAAGCCAACAAGCCCACGAAGAAGAAGCCCCACCAAAACCGAUAUCCAAGUCGGGCAAGCCCCACACAACCAACGCUUCCCUCCAAUUGGGACCGCUAUGAAGAAGAGGGGGACGAGAUGGGCGAGUAUGGUUCAGGAAGCCCCUUUUCCCAAACUCCCAAGCAAGAAAUCGUGGUGCCCAAAAGUAAGGGCGCCGACUAUUCCUAUUUGAUCUCUGAGGCCCAAUCGCAGCCCCGCGGCGUGCCUUCCUUCCAUGAAGUCCUACUUCAAGAUUUUUCUCAGGGACUGAGUUCUAUGCUUUCUGCCAGGGGAAAGGGACUUUUGUCCUUGGGUGCAGAUGACAAUUUUCAUGUUGACGACAGUCCUUUAGACCAUGAGGCAUCAUUUUUUUCCCUGGACCUUCAUCUUGUUGCAGAACAACUUGCCAAGCUAGAACCCUCAAAGCGGCUCUUUGUUGAAGAAGAUAUAUUGCCUGCAAGCAUGCGUGCAAGUGGCUUCAAAGCAAGCAUUAAUGACGAAUGUAAAAAUGUUGAACUCUCUCGGGCUAGUGAAUCUGAACGUGUGCAACAGCCUUUAGCAGGUAAGAUAAUCUGCCCUGAGGAUACACAUCUGCAUGAUGCCGAGCACAUGUCAGUUUCAUCCAGAGAUUCGCAAGGGGGCGAGGUCCUGAAACAGAAUAGACAUGAUUUGAAAUACAAAGCCAUGGAAGGGCAAGGCAUCGCUCACAACCCAACCAAUGUUUCUUUUCUGGAGCAGUCAUACCAAAUCAAAAGCAUCUUGCAUACAAAAGAUGAUGCUUCAAAAUCAAGAGAGGAGCAAGAUGAUGCAUCACAAUCAAUUCAAGACAUGCCAAUAAGCAGAUUCGACGCCACUGCAGCAGAGGCAGAGCUUGAUACGCUGCUUGAUUCGUUUGAUGAGGCUAAGCUUCUAGAAUCAUUUGAUAUUAAGCAACAAAUUCCAGGACGGUCUGUGGGGAUAUCUGCCUCUUCUCAUUCAAGAGGGUCCUCUAGCUCCGUACUUGGUGGGGCAUCUUUGGGAUCGACCUACAGAGCUCCUAAUCAGAGGCUCCUGAUGAAGUCUGGUGACCUUACCAAUGAAGGACCAGAUAAGAAAAUGCUUCCAAAAGUUGCACCAUCCAUUGUGGACAAUGAAAGUAAAGGUGACAAGAGCGAAAAUGCACCAUUAGUGUCAUUAGAUGAUUUUGAUGAAUGGCUUGACUCGAUCUGAACCUUGGCUGUAAUUUUCACUGUUCAGUAAGCAGCUUUACUUUCAAUAUAAAAUUUCAGAUUAGUUGAACAGUGAACCUAGUUUGAACGAAUAAUGUAAAAAAUGGCCCAGUUGUUAGAUCGAAUUAGAUCAUUCGACCGAAGUUUUUCCCACAGAGAAUUGUAGGCACCUUAUUUUCGAGAGAGAACUUUUCUUAUAGCAACCUUUGAUGUUAAUUUAAUUCAUUUCUUAGCUCA